AUGGCCGCUCCCAAGAUCUCUCACGGCCAGAUCCCUCAUCCAGCUACGUCGAUCAUCGCGCCUCCACCGGCACAUCUUCCGCCGCCGUCAUAUGAAGAGAUCUCCAACUCCAGACCACCACCAGCCUAUAUCGACCCAAACCCAAACCCAAACACCUCCACCACCCGCGAUGUGAGCCAGGCACGAACCAUCUUCACCCAGGAACCGCCCCAAGAGCAGCCCUACCCGUGCUGGCUCAGACGCAACCUCUCCGUCGCCACAUUCACCGUCUUCUUCAUGAUCCUCGUUGCCAUCCCCCACCUAAUCUUCGCCUGCAUCGUCGCCAAGGACCUCCACGACGAUGAAUUCGACUACAAGUGCGGCAGAUACUACAUCUCCUCCGCCGACGAGCCACCCCCAAACGAGCAUCGGACCGUCCCGACCCCUGGCAUCUUCCACGCCGACUGCCGCCUCCUCUACCACUGGUCCCAGCUCCUGACCACCGCCGGAUCCACCACCAUCCUCCGCGCCCUCCUCCAGGCCAUCCCCGUCCAGAGAUCUGACAGUUCGACCUCCAACCGCCGCCGCAGCCGCAUCGCCAGGUCCCUCCUCUCCCCUUCGGGCGUCUGGACUCUCCGCACCCUCUCCUCCCUCUCCCUCUUCGCCCUCUACCUCGCCUCCGGCCUCAUCCUCGGCACGAACCGCUUCAUCACCGGUCCCCAGGCCCGCGACUCCCUCCGCCCAGUCUACCUCGGCAGCGCCGGCCUCAUCUGGUUCUCCGUCCUCCUCACGGGGCACCAGGCCGCCACGACGGGCAUAGCAAGCUGGUGCGCGAGAGGCAUGAAGGACCCGCACGAGCGGUCCUACACCCCUUCGAUCUAA